AUGUUUCUUCUCUUUGUCACUUGCGAUUUCAUUCUUUUCUCGUUUUACACGCUUUCUCUCGUUUUCUUCUUUUUUCCAAUUGUUUUCUCUCUAUUUUCUAUUUCUAUUUUGAUUUCUUCUCUUCUUUUUUUCUCAUUAUUUUUGGUUUUCUCUCUCUGUUCGUUUUUCACUUGCUUUCUCUCUAUUUUGUUUGCAAUUUCUUUCUCUGUUCUUCCACUUUACUCUCUCUUUUUCUGUCGGCGUUCUUUCCUUCUGUUUUCUCUUUGCCCUCGCUAUCUCUCUCUUAUCUGUUUGCACUGGUUUUCUCUGUCUUUUCACUUACCUCUCUUUUCUUAUUCCUCUUCCUUUCUUUCACUUUUCCUUUUCCAUCAGAUUUUCACUUCUCAUCUUUUACCUCUCACCUUACUUUCUUUUUAUUUCCCUUGGUUUUUCACUAUAUUUUCUUGGCAUUUCUUUUCUCUGUAUCUUGCUAAUUCCUCAAGUUUUCGUUCUGAUUCACUUUGUUACUCCAUUAUCUUUUCUUUCUUUCUUUCUUUCUUUCUUUCUUUCUUUCUUUCUUUCUUUCACAGUCAAUAUCGCUCUUUCGAUCUAUCUGCAUUACGUGGUGCCUUUAGCCUUAAUAAUGAUGAAUCUUGUGCGCCAAUAAGCCAUGAGAGCAUUGAAAAAGGAUAA